AGCCGCAGCCACCACUUUUCUCUCCGCCUGGCUUCGCGCUCGGAGCUCCGAGCUCUUUGGCCCUGGGGAAGAAGGGAACUCCCGGGGGGUGGGUGAAACCAGUCACGAUCAAGCCCUCUGGAGCACGGCUCACGCUUAAGAUGGCAGCGGACGCCGGAGACCUAAUCGGGGCUUCCGAGUUCUUGAAAGAUCGCUUAUAUUUUGCUACUUUAAGGAAUAGACCAAAAAGCACAAUAAAUACCCACUAUUUCUCCACCGAUGAGGAGCUGGUCUAUGAAAAUUUCUAUGCAGAUUUUGGACCUCUGAACUUGGCAAUGGUAUACAGAUAUUGCUGUAAACUUAACAAGAAACUAAAGUCAUACAGUUUAUCAAGAAAGAAAAUAGUGCAUUACACCAGUUUUGAUCAACGAAAGCGAGCGAAUGCUGCAUUUUUAAUAGGUUCUUAUGCGGUAAUCUAUUUAAAGAAGACACCAGAAGAAGCCUACAGAGCACUCAUAGCUGGCUCCAAUCCCCCCUAUCUUCCAUUCAGGGAUGCUUCCUUCGGAAAUUGUACAUACAAUCUCACAAUCCUGGACUGUUUGCAGGGAAUCAGGAAGGGAUUGCAGCAUGGUUUCUUUGACUUUGAAUCCUUCGAUGUGGAAGAAUAUGAACAUUAUGAGCGGGUUGAAAAUGGCGACUUCAAUUGGAUUGUUCCAGGAAAAUUUUUAGCAUUUAGUGGACCACAUCCCAAAAGCAAAAUUGAAAAUGGUUAUCCCCUUCAUGCCCCUGAGGCCUACUUCCCUUAUUUUAAAAAGAAUAACGUGACUACGAUUAUUAGGCUGAAUAAAAAGAUCUACGAGGCAAAGCGAUUUACAGAUGCCGGUUUUGAGCACUAUGACCUCUUCUUCAUAGACGGCAGCACACCAAGUGAUAACAUUGUUCGACGAUUCUUAAAUAUAUGUGAAAACACUGAAGGAGCAAUUGCUGUACAUUGCAAAGCUGGUCUUGGGAGAACAGGAACAUUGAUAGCCUGUUAUGUAAUGAAGCAUUACAGGUUCACACAUGCUGAAAUCAUCGCAUGGAUAAGGAUCUGUCGGCCAGGUUCUAUUAUAGGACCCCAACAACACUUCCUGGAAGAAAAGCAAGCAUCAUUGUGGGUUCAAGGAGACAUUUAUCGUUCCAAGCUGAAAAACAGACCAUCCAGCGAAGGAAGUAUAAACAAGAUUCUAUCUAGUUUGGAUGAGCUGUCGAUUGGUGGAAGCUAUUCCAAAUUACAAACGUUGGACAGAUAUGGAGAGGGGAGUACCGAUGAUGAUGUAGACUUGGAAAUUAAAAACUCCAUGACACAGGGAGACAAACUUCGUGCCUUAAAAAAUCAGAGACAGCCUCGCUCUUCAACAGCUAGUGUACUUAGUCGUUUGGAGGAAAUGAGACAACAUACCAGAUCAAUGUCACAGCCUCUCAGAGUGUGCUCUUCCUCACAAGGCUGCAUAUCUCCUUUGAAGCCCUCCAAGGUGGUUUUGUCACCUUCAGCCUCUGCCAAGAGAAUAAACAGAAGUUCAUGCUCCUCAGGCUCCAGCACAAGGAGCUUUUCCAUAAACACUCGACUAGCCAGUUCUCUAGGGAACCUGCAUGCUGCAACAGAUGAUUCAGAGAGCAAAAAGACCACACCGCCCACUAGGACAGGUUAUACAGUCAACCAUUUCUCCAACCACUUGAAUGGCAGCUCACAACCACCUGCCAGAAAUUACCCUGAGCUCAACAACAACCAGUACAGCCGGAGCACCAGCGCCGGCACCACCCUGAACAGCCACGCCAGCCUGCACAGCGCCAAGGCCGAUGAAUACGUCUUCCGACCUUACACUGGCCUCUCUGCUUCUUCAUCAAGAUUCCUGAGCCGUUCCAUCCCUUCCCUUCAGUCUGAAUAUGUUCAGUACUAAAGCCUUGAUGCUUCGAUGAAAGCUGCUCAGCCCUUAGAAACUCAUUUCUUCAUGAGGAGGAACAAUGUUGAGGGAAAGAAACUGCUCACUGGGAGGAGAUCUCUGCAUUCUUAACCUUAAAAUGAAAGAAAGCACUCAGAUCAGACCUCAAAGAAAGACUUGAAACCAGAAAGCUCUGGUUAAUGACUACUGUAAAUGCACUGAAGUUACACGUUUAUGGAGAUGUUAAUGAUUCUGUGGGUGUGUUUUUUAAAACAAAUUUUCAUGUUGAGCCUGGUGAUUUGAAGGAUUAUUUUUAAUGUAUUUCGGUAAUACACUUGUUAUUACAUUUAUGUACAGUGUUAUAUUAUGUAUGUAUUGUCAAGCUAAAGACUAUUUUGGUAAAUUUAUAAAUAUGUAAUUGUGUAAAGAUUAGAAUAUAUUUUGAUUUAGAUUUUCUUGCUAUUUGCUACCAAAAAUAUGUAUUUUGAACUUGCUAGGAUGAUUUUAUCUAUGAUGAAUAAAUAUUUUCUCAUAAUAAAAAAAGGAUAUAGAAGAUCAGAAGGAAAGGAAUGAUUUUAUGGAUCCACUAUAAAUACUAUACAACCAAUUCAGUUCUUUGGGUGAUACGUCUUAUUUACACAGUUUAGUUAAAAGACGAUCACUAGCAAAUGAAUGUCGUUGGUUGGUAUGGUGCCAGUUUUUCUUUUUCUCUCUGUUUCUUUGGAUGAUCCCCUAUUACUUUUUGUGCAUCCUGGUGUUCUUUGUUUUUUAAGCUUAACAUCUGGCUACAGAUGAAAGCUAACUAAACAUUCCUCCUUAGAACAUAAGCCUUUCUCUACCAGACAGCAGUGAAAUAUUCCCAGAAUUUUGCAUUUAAAUUUGUUUUCAAAAGAAAUCUUUCUAGAUUAUACUUCAUUUAGAAUAUGAGUUUGUUGUUGCCUGGUAGUCAUACACGUUCUCUCAGUAGCUUUAAAUCAUGAAAGGACAAAAAUUCACAAGAUGCUGCUAUUCACCAUUUCAUUAAAGAAAAAAUGUUAAGAGUAUAAGAGCUUCUUACCAGCUGUGACCCUGGGCCAGUUACUUAUUCCUCAUUGCCCUGGGAAAAAAAGAGUAUAAGAGCUUGAUGCAGAUUUUGACGUGUCAGCAACAUUUUUAAAGUGACCAUUAGUAUACCUUAUUAGAGUUUUCUUUUAUAAGACUCGUGAAUUUAUUUAUCAAGAUCUCUAGACAGUAUUGCUUUGGAAAAAAAAAACAAACCAUGGUCCUUAAAUGCUCUUCCUGCUGUACUUAGGCUAACAUGAGAAAUGUUAGCAAGAAAGGUUCAUAGUACUUUACUCCAAUCCUUGGGAUUAAUCCUGCUAUAUGUAGUAGGAUGUUGUAUAUGAAUAGUACUUAACAUCAACAAAAUACCCAGGUCUUAUUUUACUUGAAAAAAAAUCACAGAAAUAAAUAUUUGGCGCUGAUUAGCUUAAGUUUGACCUAUAAAGACUGAAUGAAAAUUUAUAGACUGUGGGACCAAGUAAUUGCUUUAAAGUGAAUCAAAAAGGAAUCAUAAAUUUGCAGUGGUAAAAGUGAAAAAAGUUGGGAAUGACUUUUUUUUUUUUAAGAAAGAGAAGUGUAUUGAACUAUAUUUAUGUGUUAUUGUCAAAAUGACCAGUGAAUGAGUACAAGAAGAUGUCAAUAUAUCAUGGCUUUAUUGCAAUAUCAAUUUUUUUGUGAAUUAUUGAAGGAAAUCCAUAUCACAUUUGCUGGGGGAGGGGGGAGAAAAAUCAUGUUGACAACUUUGGUCUGUGAACAGUGAUUUGUGUGCAGCUAUAUUAAAAUGACUGUAAAAGUGACUACUGUAAAUGCCCAUGUUGUAUGUGUGUAUAUGUGUCAUUUGUACUUGCAUAUGUGUAUGUGUCUUAAUAUUAUUUGUACACAUGUGCAUUCAUAGACACACCAAAAAGUAUGUGUACAUAAUAUAGAAAAUAUAGAGCAAAAUAAUUCUAUUCCAAUUAUAAAAAAAGUUUGACAUGUAUUUUGUUAUGAAUAGCAUACCUUCAAAGCUAUAUUUUGUUGUAUUUUGAAGUGUAGAU